ACGGAGUUUCUCUCGGUUUGUGGGCUCAUCUAAAGGACCAACGUGGAUCAAGAAGUCAACACUCUCAGGAGGCCGACAAUUUCGUUGAAGAAAGAAGUGGAAGAAAAAAAAUACAGCUGUGACGAGUUUGGGAAAGAUUUUACUGUGAAAGCUUCCCUAAAAAUGCAUCAGGUCAUCCACACCGGAGAGAAACCAUUCAGCUGUGACGAGUGUGGAAAGUCUUUUACGCAGUCUGGAAACUUAAAAAGACACCAACUAAUCCACACUGGAGAGAGACCAUUCAGCUGUGGAGACUGUGGAAAGUCUUUUACGCAGUCUGGAAACUUAAAAGCACACCAACUAAUCCACACUGGAGAGAGACCGUUCAGCUGUGGAGACUGUGGAAAGUCUUUUACCGAGUUUGGAAACUUAAAAAAACACCAACUCAUCCACACUGGAGAGAGACCAUUCAGCUGUGGAGACUGUGGAAAGUCUUUUACGCAGUCUGGAAACUUAAAAGCACACCAACUAAUCCACACUGGAGAGAAACCAUUCAGCUGUGACAAGUGUGGAAAAUCUUUUACCCUCUCUGGACACUUAAAAACACACCAACUCAUCCACACUGGAGAGAAACCGUUCAGCUGUGACGAGUGUGGAAAAUCUUUUACGCACAUUUCAAACUUAAAAUCACAUCAACUCAUCCACAGUGGAGUUAAAGCGUACACCUGUGAUCAGUGUGGCAGAACUUUUACUUACAGUAAGAGCUUACAGAGUCAUCUAGUUACCCACUCUGGAAUUAAGGCAUACAGCUGUGACAUUUGUGGAAAAACUUUCAGCCGGAUAGGGAGGCGAAAUACACACCUACGCAUUCACACUGGACACGAUGUGUACUGCUGUGAUCAGUGUGGCAAACAGUUUGCUACAAACACAGAGUUACGACAUCACAUGUUUACCCACACUGAGGAACGACCUUAUAAAUGUGACCUGUGUGAGAAGACUUUUAAAUCUCCACAUUACCUGAAAGCACACCAACAGAUCCACACCAGAAAGACUCUACAAGUGCAGUUACUGUGAGGUAUGUACUUUUAUUUUUGUCUUGUCAUUUUUAUCUUGUCAGCCUGACUGUUUGAAACAACUCUGCUCAUCAAAUUGCGUUAGCAUGUUAGCAAUUCUACUGCAUGGAAAGGCAGCUCUGAAUGAUUAUUCAGACUCCAAUCACAGGUCUUUAGGGAUAGUGUUUGAGAAUUGUGUUAUUGUUAUUGUAGCAUUAAAGUAGUAUUAAUUUAAUGUUUUUACUCUUAUUGUUUUUAUAGCACAUUAAGUUGAGCUGAGUGUGAUAAUGUAAACAGUAAAAUGUAAUUGGACUUUGGCAGAGAUGCUCUGUGACCUUUGUGGAAAAACUUUAAGUCAUUGAAGGACUCUGAAAAUACAUCAACGUAGACACUGUAAAGAAUGUGGGAGAGGCUUCACCACUUCAAAGGACUUCAAACAAUAUGAACUCCUUCACAGUGGUGUUAAAAAGCAUGUCUGCGAUCAGUGUGGGUCAUCCUUCAUCAGUGCACGUCAGCUUGAAAAGCAUAAACGAGUCCACACAUGAGAGAAACCAUACAAGUGCAGACACUGUGACAAAACCUUUUCACAAUCAUGUGAUCAUACUAAGCAUGAACGCAGACACAUGAAAGAGAACUUCGUCUGUGAAACAGUUUGAAUAAUCUCAGUUCAUACUCCACUCAGAAACGUUCCAUGUUACAAAUAAACUGUUACGUUACGUCUUCAUUCCUGCUUUUACGUUAAUCUUGUAAACAGUAGAUUUGCAUAACGACUGAAACUGGCCCAAUGAAUGAACAAUGGGCUGUGAGGUCAAUUUCUUCAUAAUUAAUAUGCAAAUUCUUAUGAGCAUUGAUCAACAACCACUGGUCAAUGGCCAUGAGUACCAUUCACAGAGUAAAAAUUUGCAUAAUGAUUAUGAAGUUUACUGUUACCAAUGUUCAAAAACAUUUACUAAAUUAUCUUCUCUGUGCAAACAUCAGCGUGAUGCAGGACUGAAAUCAUUGCCAUCUCUGGAUUACAGUGAAUCUGCAGAGACAGAAAGAUCCUCUUCUGGUUUCAGGGUCAGACUCAAACCCUUGAGAUCAGGCUCCACAGAGUUCAGGUGGAGUCUUCUGUAAAGAUCUGAUUAGGCACCUGUGAAUGAAAAUGUGCCUCUUGUUACAUUUUAAGCUUUCUAAACUGUUCUACUGUGUCUUUGUGUUGAGUGGUUAGCUUUGUUCCAGCACUUUGAUUAAGAAAUCUCUUUCCUGUUAUAUUUUUAUUGAAUGCAUUGAUCCAUGUGUUCUGCAGAUUUUUUUUUCCAGCUUGUUUGUGUAAUGAAAUCCUGCAACAGUUAAACCAAAAUUUUAUAUGUUAAAUAAAGAAAUGGUUUACUGACAAAGAG